AUGAGCCAUGAUGUUGAUGAUGAUGAUCAUGAUGAUGAUAAGUUCGUUUUCACGAACAAAGAUACAGAAAGAUAUUCCAGUUCUCUUCGUAGGAUGGAUGUAAUUUCUCUUUCUUUCUCUUUCUUUCUCUUUCUUUUCUCUCGUUUUCUUAAUUUUUUCUUUCUUCACAUUUAUACUACUUUUCUUUCUGCCUCGUUUCAGUUGUCUUUCUCGAUUGCGCCUGCCAUUUUCUUCUUUCUAAACAACUGUCUUUAUCUCCUUCAAAUUCUCCUACUUUUCCUAUCACACGCUCUCUCCUUUCUUUCUUUCUUUCUUUUUUCUUUCUUUAAUUUUCCCUUUCUUUUUUCUUUAUUUUCUUUUUCUUUCUUUAUUUCUCUCUCUCUUUCUUUUUUUCUCCCUCUUUCUUUCUUUAUUUCUCUCUCUCUUUAUUUAUUUUUAUCUCUUUUUCUUUAUUUCUUUAUUUCUUUCUUUAUUUCUUUCUUUCUUUUUCCCAAUUACUUAAAUGUUUCUUCUUUUUGA